UCCGGUUCCUGGGCGUUUCGCCUGAUGGAAGGAAGGAAGAAGGAAGAAAGUCCGCAAAGAAGCCCAGCCCAGCCCUAAUUGUUGGUUUUCCCCUCUGCUUGACCAGGUACCCAGUCAUUCCUUUGUCAUUUGACACCUGCUGAACCAUUACCUGUGCCGUGCACGGUUCUGUUCAUCCAUUCCUUAUCCCCAGCGCUACUUGAGUCCCAAGUAGCUACACGACUCCUUGUCUAAGAACUCGAGAACCGGUCUUCUCAGUCUACAACCAGAAAAUACCACGCAAAAUGGUCUCCUUCACCACAGCCCUCCUCGUGGCCAGCAGCGUGGCCAGCACCGUCCUGGCGAUGCCCUCACACAUCCACCACAACCGCCACACCGUCGGCGUCAACCACCCGCACGUCACCCUCGAGCACCGGAGCAGCGGCAUCAACUCAACCUCCGGCAAACGCGGCGCCGCCUACAACAGCGCCAGCACGGUGACCACCCUCGCCAACAGCGGCACGGUGACCUGGGGCUACGACUGGAACAUGUACAGCGACGGCAGCCUGCCGUCGCACGUGGAGUACGUGCCGAUGCUGUGGGGCAGCAAGAUGUUCGGGACGUGGUUCACGGCCAUCGAGACGGCCCUGAACAGCGGCAGCAAGUACAUCCUGGGGUUUAACGAGCCCGACAACAGCGGCCAGGCGGCCAUGUCCUCGUCUGCGGCCGUCUCCGACUACCAGUACUACAUCACCCCCUUCAAGGGGAAGGCCAAGCUCGUGACGCCCGCCGUCACCAACGGCGUCGGCGCCGACACGGGCCUCUCGUGGGCCGAGAAUUUCCUGUCCGGGUGCAGCGGCAGCUGCGGCGUGAGCGUGCUCGCCGUGCACUGGUACGGCGACUCGGCGGCCGACUUCAAGACCUUUGUGGGCAAAGCGGUGGCGCUGGCCGAGAAGUACGGCCUCGAGGAGACCUGGGUCACCGAGUUCGCCCUCAACAGCGCCGUCAAUGCCGGCCAGGGCACCCAGGAGGCCGCCUCCUUCCUCGAGGAGGUCGUCCCCUGGCUCGAUGGCCAGAGUGGCGUUGGCCGCUAUGCGUAUUUCAUGUGCGCCGAGGGCUAUCUGUUGGAUGGGGAGAAGUUGAGUGUCUCGGGCCAGGCGUAUAUGGCUUAAGCCCUCGACUCGCCUCUGGCUGACUGGCUUUUGAGGUGGGGUGGAUUUGCCUUUGCUUUUGCCUUUGCCAUUUGCCUCCGGGGGGGUCAUCCUUCCGCCGAGGAAGCGGUCUUGUUAUCAUGAUGAUAUCGUUUUACACUUUUACACUUUUACACAUUUGAUACCAGUUUGAUGUUUUGUGUUGCACUUACGAAGUGGGUUCCAUCCUGAUCAUUAUUCAUACAGUUCCUGUCACUAGAGUAACUACCUGAAUCUGAAACAAAAGUCCAUACAAAGACCAUUGGCC